AUGGCAAUCCCUAAACCAGCUGCUACGAGCAAUAAUUCCACCGCCAAUGCUGCUGCUGCCGCAGCAGAGAAAAAGACACAGAUGUUGAGAGCCAUCCAACAAACUUACAAUGUAAGAGCGGCCAAAUACUUUGCUGCUGCUAUGGCUGUUUUCAUCUUGCUAUUUACAAUCUACCAUUGGACCCGUCUCUUAUAUAGCAGAUAUGCAUCGAAGUCUGUCAAGAAUUCUAGCAUCAUGAAGAGUCAGGUGUUCUUAACUAGGUAAGUUCGCGGUUCUUCUUCAUGCCUAUCCCACCUUCUCACAUCUGUCUUUAGGCUGUCACGACGAGUCUUGAACAAUCCUGUGCCUGGGUUCGAUUCCAUAGGCCACCUCGUCGUCGUUAUUGUUUAUCUAGGAAUCAAUGUUUCCAUAGCAGUGACCAAUGUAGACUUUUCGACGACCAUUAGUCCUGCGAAAAGAUGUGGCUGGUAAGCUUUCACUUCAUCAAUUCAUCGGCUUAUACCUCUCAAAACUCAUAUACUUACACCAGCUAGGCUCGCUUUUUGUAAUAUCGCAUUUCUCACCUUCUUGGCAUUGAAAAAUACACCACUUGCGUACCUGACAGCUUACUCCUACGAGAGUCUCAACCCCCUCCAUCAGAUCGCUGGCUACACCACUAUAGUUGCGGCACUUCUCCAUGUCACACUCGAAUCCACGUAUUUCAAAAAAAUGCACCACCUCGCGGAGUUGGUUGAGCAUGAGCAAAUCUUUGGCAUGGUUGCCGCAGGUUCUCUGGUCACUAUAUUCAUCACCGCAAUGACAUUGAAGAAGUUGAGAUACGAAGCAUUCUACAUCAUUCAUAUCACCAUGUAUAUGACCAUCAUUGUCAUGCUCUGUAUGCAUCGACCCGAGAUUGAUAAGAAAGAAAUCAUAAUUCUUUUUGUGGCUGCCUCAAUGUGGGGUUCGGAUCGUAUCCUCCGAGGGGUCAGAAUACUCUGGUACAGCCGGAACAACCAAGCGACAAUCUACCCGUUACCACACGGAGGUACUCGAGUAGUGCUGCGACGUUCGCCAUCACGCGCCAUCCCUGGAACUCAUUGUUUCUUGUGGGUUCCAAGGAUUCGUCAUUUCGAAACGCAUCCUUUUACGAUUGCUAGUACGAGUCCAAAUCUUGAGCUUGUCAUCUCUGCUUCUGAUGGCUUCACACGCGAUCUUCAUGAGUAUGCAGUGAAGAAUCCCGGUGCAUCACUUCAUGCGUCUAUCGAUGGAUCAUAUGGGGCACUCCCAAACUUCUCAAAGACAGCCGACAAACUUGUUCUCGUUGCUGGUGGAAGUGGAGCAUCGUUCACUUUUGGUGUAGCUUUGGAUACAAUUAAAAAGCUCGCUUCAGAGAGCACAACAAAGAUUGACUUUAUCUGGACUGUUCGUGAAGAAGGUGAGUGCUCUAGUAUCUCUAUAUCUCCUGCUUGUUUGCUAAUUUUUGAUAUAGAAGCAUUAACCUGGUUCGCAAAUGAACUUGAUGAGCUCCGACUCUCUCCUCGUGUAAGCCUCUUCCUUUACACAACUCGGCCGUCAUCGAGAAAGACCAGCGGGGCACAAACACCAUCUUCGGUUUCCUCACCUCCAGCCGAUGACGAGAAAUCCCUCGUUUGCUCUCCAUCACUUAAUGCGCCUUCUACAAGUAGCCCAUCUGUUGACUCGUCAAAUUCGAAAGCCCCGUAUCUGAUUGGCGAUAUUGAGAAGCAAGAGUCACCGCUAGCCAAGGAAAUUCCCGGGCAUCGCCAUACAAAAUCUUGGGACUCAUCGGUUUAUGAUGUUGUUCAUGGUCGUCCUGAUAUUGCAGCUUUUGUGAAGGAUGUAGUGGCCAAAGCGGACAAGAGUGAGAGGAUUGUUAUUGCGGGAUGUGGACCGGGGGGGAUGAUGGAUUCGCUGAGGAAGGUAGCGACGGGGGCCAUUAGUGUGAAUGGGCCGAGUGUUGAGUACCAUUCGGAGGCUUUCGGGUGGUGA